AUGGAAGAAUUACGACUAACACAAGUGUUCCUACAGGGCCGAGCCGGUCUGGUUGCAUGGCGCCGAUCACGCGGCGGCGUAGGUGCUAUGGGCAAGGCUUUCUACAAGGGCGGCUUCGAGCCCAAGAUGAACAAGAAGGAGGCAUGCCUCAUUCUGUCCCUUCAGGAGAGCGGCGUCACUCGCGACAAGAUCCGCAAGCAGCACCGUACCCUGAUGCUCCUGAACCACCCCGAUCGCGGCGGGAGCCCGUACCUCGCGACCAAGGUCAACGAGGCGAAGGAGCUGCUCGAGAAGACGACAUCUUGA